UUUUUGCCCCUACAAUGUUACACUUUUUUCCUUCUCCACAAAGUCUUCAUUUUUCUUCAUUUUUUCAUUUCACACCAAACCCUUCUCACCCAAAAAAGAAAGCUCAACCUUUCUCAUCAAUGGCGGAUCCAAUCCCUAUCUCAGAACCCCAUUUACGGAUCCAACCAAAACCCAUCAAAAAAAGUAAGUCUUGUUCAGAUUUCAUCUUAAAGUUUCUAUUUUUAUCACUUUUGUUCAUUGUUCUUCCACUUUUUCCUUCACAAGCUCCUGAAUUUUUCUCUCAAAAAACCUUAAUUCUCACCAAGUUAUGGGAGCUUCUUCACCUUCUUUUCAUUGGCAUUGUUGUUGCUUAUGGUCUUUUUAGUACAAGAAAUUGUGAAUUAGAAUCUAAUUUAGAAUCUCAAUCUUCUUCUAAUAAUAAUAAUAAUAAUAAUAAUAAUAAUAAUAAUAAUAAUAAUAAUAAUGCACCUAGUUAUGUUUCCAAGUUUUUUCCCGCUUCAACUAUUUUUGGUGAUGAGAGUGAAAAUUCAAAUGGGUUUGAUGAGAAUAAGAUGAUGCAUUGUUGGAAUAAUAAUCAGUAUUUUGAUGGAUCUAAUGAGGGUAGUACUGUUGGUGUUUUUGAUGAACAGUAUAAUAAUACCCAAUUACCUAAUUCUGAUGAAAACUUUGGUUAUUCAGUUAGAUUUGAUAAUGAUAAUGAUGGUAAUCAUAAUGGAACCAAUGUUGUUCAAGCUUGGAAUUCUGAGUAUUGUUAUAGUGAGCCUGUGGUUGUUGCUCAACCUUAUUAUGGUUGUGGUGAAUUUGGUGAGGUUGUUGGUUAUAAACCGCUUGGAUUACCGAUUCGGAGUUUGAAAUUGGUUGAAAGAGAAGUUGAUGGUUGUGAAUAUGUUGAAGGAAGUGAUUCGAGUUUAGGUUCGAGGAGUUCUUUGAAGAGGUUAGAUGUGAGUGAAGUUAGGGAGUUUGAGGAUUUGGUUCCUUCUAAUUUAGAGAAAAAGUUUAAUGAUGUUGCUAAUGUUGGUGGUGGUGGAAUGGUUUCCUCAGUUCAAUGGAAUUCGAGGUUUAGAAGGAUGGAAAGAGAGAAAGUUUAUGGCAAUGUUACCGGUUCUUCGCAAUUUAAGCCUGUUUUGGUUGAUGAGAUGAAUAAAUUUGAAGGAGUUGGUUUGAGGUCCUCGCAGUCUACGGCAUCGUUCUCUUUGCCUGCUAGUAUGCAUUCUUCGUUUAAUUCGAUUGCGUCGGAUAAUGUCUAUAUGGAUUUUCAAGUGGAUGAAAUGAGACAAAAGGAGGCUUCUUAUGUGCCCGAUGCUUUGGAAAAGACGAAUUUUCUUGACAAAGAGAUGAGACGAAGAAAUAAUUCGUAUGUGCCUUCUCUGGAAAAUGUGAUUUUUCGAGAGGAAGAUACGGAACAAAGGAUGAUGAAUUCUUAUGUGGCUGCUGUUGAGGAUACAAAUUUCCAGAGAAGAGAUUUGGGAAAGAAGGUUUCAUUGAGAAACCGAAGGAUGGGAUCUAAAGGGAAACAUGUUGAUUUUACUUAUCCUGCAAAUUUAAGGCCUCCGUCGGUUGGUGAAACUCAAUUCGAGUCGCGUAAUUUGGAGUCUUUUGAGUCUACAGGAUCUUUUCCUUCCAACAUGAGAAUGUAUGCUGCGUUGGAUUCGGUUUCUUCAGACACUAUAGACUUCCAAGAGGAAGAUAUUCGACAAAAAGAGUUGUUUCCUGUGCAUACUUCAGAAAAUAUGAAUUUCGAGGAGGAAAAUGUGCAUGCUUCGGAAAAUGUGAAUUUCCAAGAAGAAGAUUUGGGACAGAAAAAUAAUUCUUUUGUGCAUGUUUCUGAAGAUAUGAAUUUCCAAGAGGUGGAUUUGUUAAAGAAAAUUUCUCAGGUGUCAAGAAACGAAAUGAUGGAAACUAGAGGGAAAUAUGCUGCUGUUUCUCGUCCUUCACAUUUAAGGCCGUUAUCUGUUGAUGAAACUCAACUUGAGUCGCAUACUUCACGGUCUUUGCAGUCUAGGGGAUCUUUUUCAUCUCAGACAAGUUUACGUUCUUCUGUAGAUUCCAUUUCAACGGAGAAUAUGAACUCACUGCAGGAAGCUAUAGGGGAAAAAAAGAGCUUGCAUGGAUCUUCUUCUUCCUCUUCUUCAAGUUCACCAUCACAUUCGGCUAGAAGGAAUGGUGAAACUUCAUUGCAGGCAUUCGAAGGCCGUGGAUAUAAUAUCGAUAGCCUGCUCAAAGAUGACCCGAAUAGUAGUCUGAACAACGAUGAUUCGAGGGAUAAAAGUGGAACUGGAGGCGAGGAUGAUCACCUUGGCAACAAAGAGUCAACGAUGCAUGGUUUGCACUCAGACUCAGACAGGCCUAUUAGCCUAGCAAAAGCUCUAUCAAGAGGGAAAUCAGUUAGAACAAGAAGAGCCAAUGGAAUGACUUCAGGGACGAUGAAAAUAGACGAAGCGUCUAGCAAGCAAGCCGAUGAAAAGAUUGUAAAGAAGCCUGAUAAUGUUGAUAAUGUGGUAAUGAGAAAAGAUAAAAUCAAAAGUAGAGAACCAGAUCUUCUAUUGAAAGGGAUCAGUAAGAAAACUCUGGAUUGCUAUUUUCCUAAUCACGAGGCUACGUUUUCCAGUCAUCGUAAGAGAGAUAAACCUGAACCGUCGAAGAAUGUGUCGAGUGAAGACUCGGAUAUCAAGCUUGAGAACAACGUGCAGGGUAGCUCGGACGAAGAUGUGGUGUCUGAAUACGUCAAUGAUUCAGGACUUGAUUCUGAGGUGGAUAAGAAAGCUAGUGAAUUUAUAGCUAAGUUCAAAGCUCAGAUUAGACUUCAGAAAACUGGAUCAAUUGAAAGAUCAAAAGGUCAAAAAAUAUUUGGAGACAAUGUUAGGUGAUUUGUUGUAAAUUGUUCCUAAUCAGAUGAAUGUGAAGUUCAUCAAGAGGUUAUAUGAUUUCUUGUUUCAUCGAGCUUUCUUCGAUUUAGGAGAUUCGAUUUAAGUUCAAAUUCUGUUAUUUUGUUGCAGCAGGAAUUCCACUUAUUUAUUUUCACAUACAACUAAUUGCUUUCAGUGCCUGUAUUUCUUUCUUAAGUUAAAAUUUACUAUCUAUUUUUUUUCUUCGUCUGUAACAUAAUUGGUUGUGAUGUGUUUCUGGAUACGAACAAUAGAUCGAUUGAUAUCGGGUUCAAAGUUAAGACUCGAGACAGGACACCAAAUUGUGAAUGCGAAAUUGCGAAUGCAUUUGGCCA